AUGUCGACAGUCUUCUACCGCUGGGGCGCGGGGCGCGACGAGUCCCGCGUCAAGUUCGACGGGACACACAUCUCCGUCUUCGACCUCAAGCGGCAGGUGAUGCUGGACAACAAUCUCGGAAACGGCAAAGACUUUGAUCUCGUUGAUGACGACCACCAGAUUGCGCGUUCCUCGUCGCUGGUCGUCAGGAGACGGCCGGCCGUCAUGAAGGGCCGCGGCACGGCGCAGAACUAUAUUGUCGGCACGGACGCGGCUUCGGCCCUCACGGGCGAGCACCGUAUUGAAGCCCAUGCGAGGGAUGCGAUGAAGGACCGCAUGCUGAACCGCGGCCGGGGCGGGAUGUUUGGCAGCAUGACGAAGCGCUUUGACGGCAAGGAGGACAAGCCCGCCCAGCCUGCCGUGCAGGUCUCGACCGGAGACGCGAAGGAGGACGAGGCGAUCGCUAAGAUGCUGCAGUCGCAGGCGGAGUCGUGGGAGGUCAUGCAAGAGGACAUGUCGACACCGUUCAAGCCGCCCGGCGGCGGUGGCGGUCCAGGUGGACCGGCCAAGUUCGACCAGAGCUUUAUGAACACGGACAAGGAGCCGCCAGUGGGCUACAUCUGUUACCGGUGUGGACAGAAGGGACACUGGAUUCAGAAUUGUCCGAAGAACAGCGACCCGGGCGCGUCCGACGGCAAGCGCUACGUCCGUGUCACGGGUAUUCCCCGAAGCAUGCUUACGACGGUCGAGAAGCCGGACGGAGGCGAGGGCUCGUCGCAGGGUGCAAUGCUUACCGCUGACGGAGGCUUUGUGCGUGCUGUCCCCGACGCGCGGCAAUGGCAAAAGCAGGCGGCUGUCAAGACGGCGAAGGACGACAAGGGCGACGAGUCGACUCUCGACGCCGAGCUCACCUGCGCGCUCUGCAAGAAGGCGCUCCGGGAAGCGACCCGCACGCCCUGUUGCGACACGGCAUUCUGCGAGGAGUGCAUCCAGACGUACCUCGUCGACCACGACUUUGAGUGCCCGCAGUGCGAGUCGAAGAUCACAUCGCUCGACAAGCUCCAGCCCGAUCAGGAUCUGCGCGACCGCGUGCAGGCGUACCAGGACGGGCAGAAGGAGGGCAAGGAGGCAGAGGAGGAGGUGAAGAAGGAGGGCGAGGAAGGCGAGGGAGAUGGAGCACAGAAGGAUGAAGAGGGCGCUACCGAGGAGAACCCGCUCAAGCUGCCCGACAUGAACACGAUGCAGGAGCGUCUGCAGGCUCUGCUGCAGACGCUGCGUAACCCCCUCGUGCCGCCAAACAUGAAGGGCCAGCUGCGCCAGCUCAUCAAGAUGACGCACACGAAUCUGAUGCAGAUGCAGAUGCUCGCUGCACAGGGCAUCAUGUUCGGCGCGAUGCAGCAGGGCAUGGCCGCCAACAUGCCGGGCAUGAUGAUGAUGAACCCAAUGGCGGCCAUGAACGGCAUGGGCGGCAUGGCAGGCAUGCCCGGUAUGGAGAUGCAGCAGCAGAUGCCGCAGCACCAGGGCCACCAGGGCCACCACGGACACCACGGUGGUCACCACGGCGGUCACGGAGGGCAUGGCGGGCACGGCGGCCGCGGCGGCUUCAGAGGAGGGUUCAGGGGGCGCGGGUUCCGCGGCGGUGGCAUGCGCGGCGUGCGCCGGCAGGCCGAGGAACAGAUGGGCGGCCCCGAGAAGAUGCAGCGCGUCUCGUAG